UUACUGGACGAUCCUUUUGACCUAAAAUUGCCAGCAGAAAAGGCUGAUCUUACUACUCUGGAAUCCCAUUGCUGUUCAGUAGAUACCACUGGCACUACACCCAAAGGUGAGGAUUAUCUCUGUUACAGAAUAUGUUGGAAGGACUCUAUAUUUAAUUCCCAAACAUAAGUAGAGUUUGUGAGCCUCAUAUUCCCUGAGCAUGCAAAAAUGCUUGCACACUCCUGUAUGAAAGAUCGAUCCAUGAAUACAGGGCUGCCACAUUCAGUUCAGGAAUUCAGUGAUAGACUGACAGAAAUCAAAAUUCAGAGUUUCUACAAAACAGGGACACCAUGAAAAUAAGGGCAGAUGUACUUCGACUGACUUGAAUAGGAAGACUGUUACUUGAAGAGAAAAAUUCUAAAACCAAAUAAUUUUUUAGCAUAAUUUAACACUUGCCUACUUUCCAGGAAGAAGCGAUUCUAAAGACCUUCUGAAGUGUUGGUUGGUCAGUGGUGAGGGCUCCUCACCAACUUUAUUUUCAGAUGGAGAGUGGAGUGAUGAUGAUUCAGAAAAAGCAGAGGAACUCCAAGAAGCAAUGAAAUGCAUAGGACCUUUAGGACAUACACCCACUGACUCACAA